CAAAUGCAAAAUGGCGCCCGCCAUAGCUUUUCGUCCGUAUUGCAAGAUGGCGCCGCUCGCUGCGGCGAAGCUCCUCUCUCAGCCCCGACUCAUUGUCCCUCAGAGUCCGCCCUGACUCCUCCUGGGCAGAAAUGGGAGGAGAACCUCGAGCGGGCCGCCGAGCCGCGGCAGGGCUGGGAGGCAGGGCUUUCUGCCCGACGAAGGUUGUCCCCCGCGCCUCCCGGCGCUGCGCUUGCCGGAGCAGCGCGUCUCCUUCCCGCACAGCCCCCGAGCCGUUCCCUCCGCGCCUCUCCUGCCCUGUCCGCGGCCGGCCCCUGUUCCCACCCAGCUCCGCUCCCUGGCGCUAAUGCCCCCUUAAAAUGCUUUAACCCAGCGCCGCGGCUCCCUCGAGAGCUGCCAGCCCAGAGCAGCUCGGGCGAGGCGGGGAAGCCGGCCGAGGUGCUGCCUCUGACAGGGCCCGAGUAUCUCCUCCAUGAUUUUCGCCGGAGAUUGGCGUGGUGGGUGCUUCAGCCAUGUAGGAGGGAAGCAGCCAUUCCCAAGAUGCUGGCAUCCUGCCUUCUGAGAAGAGCCGUCCUUACAGCUCCUUUAGUUUUCGUGGUUGCCCUGCUGGUGGCGGAGCCUGUUAGAGCUGACCAAGAAGCAGGAACAGCCAUUCCAGCUGAAAGCCGCCCCUGUGUUGAUUGCCAUGCCUUUGAGUUCAUGCAGAGAGCUCUGCAGGAUUUAAAGAAGACAGCAUAUAAUCUAGACACGAGGACAGAAACUCUGCUUCUUCAGGUGGAAAAGAGAAAUCUGUGUGACUGUGUAGCUGCCAAUCUACUGAACUGAAUCCUGGAGACACCUGAGGAGAGUCACCAAUCCAGCGGUUUUUAAAAUGCAGCUGUAUAAAAUACAGCUUUAUGGAGCUCACAUUGCAAGCAUGUAUGCCCCAAUGUACCAAUGAGAUUGGGGCCCUGUCUCUGAUGUAUUUGUCUGUUCUGUAUCUUUUUUAAAAAGUACCCUCUUUUCCCAUCUGCUGGAUUGCCAGUGAAGGCUCAAUUCGCUAAAAUCUGUUACUUGAUAUUAGGGUGGGGGGGAAAAUGUAACUGCUCUGAUUUUUAAAUCAGAACUUGCCAAGUGUAACCCCCAAGAUAAUAUUGGAGAUCAGUGCCCUAGACACAUGUGCAGCUGGUUUUUGUCUCUAAUAUGAACAUAUGUCUGUGGCAACUUACCCAGUUACAUUGAGACAUGACAUUGUGGUCUCUGUAGGCUUUGCCUGUGUAUUAAAGAUGAUGAAGUCCUUUC